AUGCCUUUAAAUGUAAUAACUCCAUCCGAACCGAAGGAUCCUUCAAUGAUUUUUAAAUAUAAAACAAAAGAAGAAUAUUCAGGAGAAUUAGAAGGAAUUUUAAUUUUAUGCUUUUUAGGAAUUUUUGUAGGAAUAAUUUUUAAGGUAAUUGAAAUAAUUUUUGUGAUUAUUUUUGUAAUCCUUUCUGUAUAUUUAACUGCGAAAAAUGGAGAAAUAAAUGUUUUAUCAUCAUUGCCACUAAUUUUAAUGAUUCUAAUGACAUCAGGAAUAACAUGGAUUCAGCAAAAAGCUUUUUAUAAAAGACAUGAAAAAAAAUUUGAGACGUAA